AUGGCGGCUGUAACAAGAAGCAAAAAGGCGAAGCAGCUCAAGCAUCUGCGUGUCAAGCGUGCUCAUAUAAUUGGAUCCAUUGAAUUAAUCCGCGAGUUUGAUGAAAAUUUUGAUUCCUCGAAAACAUUCGAGAUUCCAUUCCGUCUCGAGCGACUGGAUAAGCUCAUGGAGGAGCUCGAAUCUGUAGAAUCCGAGCUGGAUUCGUUUUGUGUCGGCGAUCCAGUAUUGUCCGAUACGUUUGCAGAGCUUCAGACACUAUAUUUUCGUUUAAAGGGUUCAUUAUCAAGCAAGCAAGCUCUUCCCCCUACUGUUUCUCCCCCUGCUAUCGUACAGGAAAACUCACCUAAUAUGCCAACUUCUGGUGUGCGCCUGCCAGAGCUAAAGAUUCCAGAGUUUGAUGGCAAUCCAGAAGACUGGGCUGGAUUUUACGAUCUAUUUAGAGCAAUGAUCCACGAUCAUGCUACGUUAUCUAAUAUUCAGAAGCUGCAUUACCUCCGAGCAUCUUUGAAAGGUGAUGCAGCUCGAAUCAUUUGUUCACUUCCAAUAGCAGCAACUAGCUACCCCGUUGCAUGGAAGAUGAUUUCCGAUCGCUACGAGGACAAAGAUUUGCUAAUUAAGCAGCACAUUUCUGCUCUGUUUUCUACUACACCGCUUCGAAAGGAAUCGGCUAAUGGGUUGAUGGAUUUAGCCGACGAAUUCGAAAAACAUGUGAAAAUUCUUGAUUCGUUGGAGACGAAGGCGCAACAUUGGGACUCGGUGUUAGUGGAACUUUUGUUCAGCCGGAUGGACAUCAAUACGCAAGGUUUAUGGGAAAAUCGGCGAGAUAAAACAAAACGUCCUUCGUACGAUGACUUAUUGAAAUUUCUUCAUGAGCACUCUCGGACACUCCAGUCGCUCAAAUUAUCACAGUCUGCUAUUUCGUUCACUGAGGCCAAGACCUCAAAGUCUCGACCGGUUGUCAACUACCCGGCUUCAGAGCAAAUUCCAAAGUGCAUCGCUUGUAAACAAAACCAUUAUCCGUUCCAAUGUGAGUUCUUUCGAGCCCAAACUCCAAUGCAACGUUUGGAGCUGGUGAAGCGGAGCAAUCUUUGCAUUAAUUGCUUAAAGGCGUCGCAUUUGUCAAGGAAUUGUAGCAGCGUAUCCUGUAAAUACUGUCAAAAGAAACACCACACAUUGCUUCACCUCUCGCCGGUUCCCACACUGAUCGCAACGGAAGUGCCAUCGCUUAUGCAAGCUACGCAAUCAUCGUCGCCACAGCAAAAUUUGCACUCCGUGCCUUCGCAAUCGCAAACUAAAUUCGGUACGUCGUUCUGCGACACCGCGGUCGCUUCGGUCGAUCACGUCGUCUCGAUGACGCCGCCGUCGGUACAUGCCCCCUACCCUGCUUCGUCCGGUACACUCGCACCUCUCUCCACCGCCUGUCAAACAGUCGCACCAGCAACCUUGAGUGAAUCCACUGUAAUACUGUAUACUGCUCUGGUCAAGGUUAGAGAUAGUUCUGGUCAAUUCCAACUUGCUCGCGCUCUUUUAGACAGUGGAUCGCAAUCUAGUUUUGUCUCGGAAUCGUUGUGCCAGCGCCUUGGGCUUCGUAGAAGGAAAGUGAAUAUACCAGUGAGCGGUAUCGGCCAAGCCGUAGUGAAUGUGCGAUACACAGUGACAGUGCAAUUUUCGUCUCGCUUUGGACCAACUGAGAACAGUCUCGAAUGUUUGGUUCUCCCAAAGCUAACUGUUAGUCUACCUACCAGUAAUGUAGACAUUAGUGCGUGGAAAAUGCCACAAUAUUUACCGCUGGCUGACCCACAGUUCAAUAUCAGCCACGGCAUCGAUUUUAUUGUAGGCGCUGAAAUGUUUUCGGUCCUUUUACAUGCAGAACAAGUCAGCUUCAACGACCAACUCCCAGUUUUACAGAAAACGAGUCUAGGAUACGUUUUCGCCGGAAAGGUUCCGACUAAGACUGUUCAGCCUCCAGUUACAUGUCUGGUUUCCACUUUUGAUGAUUUGGAUGCUCAAGUAAAGAAGUUUUGGGAAGCAGAGAACUUCGAGCAAGGUAAGGCAUACACUAGCGAGGAGCAGCAGUGCGAAACGCAUUUCGCUCGUACACACAGUCGAUCCGCGGAGGGACGUUAUGUUGUACGGCUUCCUGUCCGCGAUGAAAUGUUGCCAACUAUUGGAGAAACUUGGUCUGUAGCUGCUCGCCGGUUCACCGCUAUGGAAAAACGUUUUCGAGCCGAUGAUAGCCUACGCUCCAGCUAUGUGCAGUUUAUGGAAGAAUACCGACAACUCGGUCACAUGGAGGAGGUGCAGAGUCGCGUCGCGUUGCCCCAGUAUUUCUUGCCCCACCACGCCAUCCACCGCCCAGAUUCUUCGACCACUAAAAUAAGGGUGGUGUUCGACGGUUCAGCCAAAAGCAGUAACCACGUUUCACUAAACGAUUUGCUCCUGACUGGACCCACGGUUCAGCCAACUCUACUAUCAAUAGUUCUCAAUUUCCGCCUGCAUCGUUAUGUCAUGACAGCGGAUAUAGAGAAGAUGUACCGGCAAAUUCUGGUACAUCCAGAUGAUCGAUCACUGCAGAAAAUUCUAUGGCGCAAAGGGGAAUCCGAUUCCAUCAAGCCUUACCAACUGAACACCGUCACAUACGGUACUUCGUGCGCUCCUUACCUGGCCACCAGAACGUUAAAUCAACUGGUGGAUGAUGAUGGACAUGCAUAUCCUCUAGCAGCAUCCGUACUAAAGCAUGAUUUCUAUGUGGAUGAUUUGUUAACGGGUUCGGAUAAUUUGGACACACUAUUGCAAACAAACCAGCAACUCUGUCAAUUGCUCAAACAAGCCGGAUUUUCCCUUCGAAAAUGGAGUGCCAACAAGUCUACAAUUUUGCAGCACAUUCCGGAGAAGGACCGUGAGACUUUGGAAGUUCUGGAACUCGACCAAUCACCUUCAAUCAAGACCCUCGGUUUGCUGUGGUUUCCGUCAGAAGAUCUGUUUGGAUUUAAGAUCCCGAAGCUGCCAGUUCUGGGAAAGGUUACUAAGCGCAUUGCCCUCUCGGAAGUGUCACAACUAUUCGACCCAUUAGGUCUCGUUGGGCCAAUCGUGGCUAGUGCUAAGAUGUUUGUCCAACAACUUUGGAUGGAAGAUUUGAAUUGGGAUGACGAGCUUCCUGAAAGGCUCCAAUCAACGUGGUUAUCUUUCCGUACAUCGAUCAACGAUAUCAAGGCGUUGCGUGUACCCAGAUGGGUUCUUGGUUCCUCAACGAUCUCGUACAAGCUGCAUUGCUUCACGGAUGCAUCAGAAAAAGGAUACGGAUGCUGUAUCUAUGUUGUCUCAUAUGACGACGGACGUGCGAUAGCGAGCAACCUGUUGAUUGCUAAGUCUCGUGUGGCACCAGUUGGUGGUCUAACCAUUCCUCGUCUCGAACUCUGCGCUGCCUGUCUUGGAAGUCAACUUAUGAACACCGUCCUUCAAACAACAAAGUUUGCUGGGAAUCCUACGUUUUGGACAGAUUCAUCCAUCGUCCUUUAUUGGAUCAACUCCCCACCCACGAAGUGGAAAGUAUACGUGUCAAACCGAGUAGCAGAAAUUCAACGGCUUUCUCAAGGUUCUCAAUGGCGUCACGUCUCCACUACCGACAAUCCGGCUGAUAUCAUUUCAAGGGGCGCAGAGCCCAAGCAGCUGUUACAUGCAUCACUCUGGUGGCAUGGACCGUCUUUUCUUUUACUUCCGCCGCAAGAUUGGCCAGCUCCAUCUUUUCUCAUGUCAUCACGCACAACGGAACAACUAUCGACGGAACAAAAGGCGACUGUCGCACUUCAUUCUUCCGGUACAGAUGAAUCGCUUAUACACUCUUACUCAGAGCUAGCCCACUUGCUUAGGAUUACCGCCUAUUGCAUGCGGUUCAUAAACAAUUGUAAACUGCCUGAGCAAAAUCGCAAUUUAGCCAGACUAACUGUACUCGAAUACGACAAUGCGAUGAAAUCGCUUAUUCGCCUUGCACAGCGUACCUCUUUUCAAGCUGAGCUACAAUACCUAAACCAAAAACCUCGUGGAUUCAAUUCGCUUAAGGACGCUCAGUUCCAAUCGUCGCUCAAAAAUCUUGAUGUGUUUCUGGACGCCAGUGGUCUUCUUCGCUUAAAUGGCCGUUUGGUCAAUCUGCCAGGAUCGUAUGACAGCCGCUAUCCGAUGUUACUGCCGGCAGAUCACCAUCUCACACGGCUAAUUGCGAGAUCAAUUCACCAUCAAACGCUGCACGCAGGACCGACCCAACUGCUCGCAACCAUCAAGCAGCGCUUUUGGCCAAUUCGUGGCAGAGAUUUAGCUCGAAGAACAGUCAACCAAUGCGUUAAGUGUUUCCGUUGCCGCCCGAAAGCUAGUAACCAGUAUAUGGCGCCACUACCGUCUACACGCAUAACUCCAGCUAAAGUCUUCGAGCAUACAGGGCUAGAUUACUGUGGGCCGUUUCUCGUUCGUCAACUCGCAGGUAGGGGUGCAGCGAACAAGGUGUGGGUCGCAGUGUACGUCUGCUUCGCCGUUAAAGCCGUGGUGCUGGACAUCGUCGCCGGGUUAUCAGCAACCGCGUGCGUCAAUUCGUUAAGACGCUUCGUGAGCCGUGUCGGGCGCGUGCGCGUAAUACACUGCGACAACAGUACCGCGUUUAUCGGCGCGUUUCGCGAAAUCAAAGAAAUGAGACGACAGUUCCACGAACAGCUGAAGUCCAACCAAUGGGCGACUGAGUGCCUAGAAAAGGGAAUCGACUUCCAGUUUAUACCACCACGAGCUCCGCACUGCGGCGGAUUGUGGGAGGCGGCGGUGAAAUCCUUUAAACAUCAUUUGGUUCGCAUCAUGGGUUCAUCGCCGUACCAGCUUGACGAUCUCCGUACUGCUAUCGCCCAGGCUGAGAGUCUUCUAAAUUCCCGACCGUUAACUCCUAUCUCCAACCAUCCUGAAGAUAUAUCGGCACUAACUCCUGCCCAUUUCCUCAUUGGAGAACCAACUUUCCGUCUGCCCGAACCAGAUUAUACUAGCGUACAAUUAAACAGGCUCUCCCACUUCCAGGCAACCCAACGUGCCAUCAAUGAUCUGUGGAAACGUUGGUCUAAGGAGUACAUAUCGUUGCUCCAUCAGCGGCCAUCAAAGUGGCGAAAGGUUCCUACCGAAUUCAAGGUCGGCGCCAUGGUUCUUGUAAAGGAUGACAAUGCUCCACCCAAACACUGGCUUCUUGGACGUGUCACGGCUGUUUAUCCGAACAAAGAUGAAAUUACCAGGGUUGUAGACGUUCGGACACAAUUCGGCAUUCGUCGGCGGGCUACAACGGAGCUCUGUUUACUACCUGUUGAUGACAACCUGAAAAUUGCUCCAACAACAACAUAUGGAGCAUCUGAAACUGGUACCACCCAACCAAUCUCAACCACUGGCUGUUGA